CCUGUGGAACAAGAGAUGCAGGGAGCUGACAUCUCUGCUCAUCUUGCUUUUGCUGGCUACUUAAGCAGUAAACAGAAUCCACCCAGAGCACAUUGCUUCUUUAGCCAUUGAAUCUGCCAGCCUGUGUGAUGUGCCUUGUGGAGCUUUCAUUCUAGAAGAGGGAGGCAGACAUUUAAAAUAAAAUAGACAGGUACUUUCGCGGAGUGGUAAGUGCUAAGAAGAAAUAAAAUGGUCUCGGACAAGGUUGCUUCAGCUUGGGAGUCAGGCUCGAGCAUCUCUCUGGGGAGGUGACAUCUGAACAGAGUGACUGAGGCUCAUGGGGGAGGGUCCAUGUGGUGUGAGGGUGGGAUGGAGACCCUCAGCCCCUUGCCUGGAGACCCACCCUUGGGGCCUGGCACCUGGAAGGGCUGCUCUCUUAGGGAGGUGGAGGAGGGGCCAAGGCUCUGCUGCCUCUCUCUGGGGGGAGCGGGCAGGGCAAGGCCCUCAGGAUACCUCAUCCCCGGGAACCUGCGGGGCUGGAGGAGGGCUGGGGUGGGAGUGACCACCCCAAAACUGUGCUGCCUCCUGGUGGACAGUCACAAGAGGCAACUGCAGUGGGGAGACUGCAGGAGCUGGCCGCACCUCCUUCUUCAUCUUGUCUCUGGACAGGUGGCCUUACCCAGGGAUUGGGGGAUGGGAAGGCGUCCUCAAGGCCAGUCCCCCACAGGCUCACCCUGCCCCGGGGUCCCAGAAUCAAGGAGGCCCAUACUGGAGACUUUGCUCAGGCCCCUCUGGCGGCAUCACUUUUCCACCUCCAGAUGCAGUUUCUCUCGUAAAAACCCUCCCUUUGCAGUUGAACAUUUCUGCUGCCCCGGGGUCCGCCCCUUCACAGCCUCUGCCGACUUGCCUCAACCUACUCUCGAGGGAUUUCCUAUGCCCCCUCCGAUGCAGGUCACCUGCCUGGUGUCCGUGGUGAAUACUCUGUCCUCCUGCACCAUCUGCGUGGAAGGGAAGGGACCCACCUCACCAUGCCCACCUCCCCAGCCUGGAAUCAGGAGAGAGGCCAGGCUCCAGCUCCUGGGUGGUCUUAGCCAUCAGGGACAGGAGUAGGGGUGAGGGGCAGGACUGAGGGAGGGACACCUCAGGAGUCACGUGGGUGUCUGCCCAGGGGCAAGUUGUGGCACAUCAAAGACUGUGCUCCUUGGAGGAGCUGCCGUUCAUGGGCAUGUUCCUGCCUUCCUGGCCUUUGUCUCUGGGCGGGAGGCCAAGCCAGGUCCCCGGCAGUUGGCAUGGGAGGAGGAGUGCUGGGGCAGGGGCUGCUGGCAGGCAGUGCCUCCCCUUAAGUUAAACAGGGUGGGGAAGUGGCCCGCAGCCUGGCCCAGGUGGCAGCUCUGCCUCCCCACCCCCCACACUGCUGCAGCUCCAGCCUUCAGAAGGAGUGUCAUGAGAGGGCCACUGGGCUGUGGCUGAGCCAAGACCGGUAUGGAGAGGACCCCCAGCCAGAGGACAGAGCCUCUGGGCAGACUCCUUCUGGGGGUAACUGGAGUCAAGCCCCUCAGAAGGCUAAGUGGUGGCCUGGUCCCCUGGGAGAUGAGGAGUCCAUAUUGGCCUGGGGACACAUGGGCCAGGGCUGGCCAGAGGCCUCCAGCAUCCAUGCAGGAUUCCUAUUCUUCCAAGAUGGACCCUGGGAGCUCUGAGCUGGGGGAGCAGGACCUGACAGAGGAACUGCGGUGGAUGGAGCUGGGCUUGGAGGAGGCCCUGGGAGCUGAGACAGAGGGGCCCAGUGUCCUACAGGCCGGGGGGCGCCUGCUGCAGGCCGUGUGGAGGGGUCCUGUGGGCCUGGCCACGCAGCUGCUGCAGCAAGGGGCCAGUGUGGAGGAGAGGGACCAAGCCGGCAGGACCCCACUCCACCUGGCCGUGCUGCGUGGCCACGUGCCCCUGGUGCGUCUCCUGCUGCAGCGCGGGGCCCCGGUGGGAGCCGCGGACCGCGAGGGGCGCACGCCGCUGCACGAGGCUGCCUGGCACGGUCACUCGCUGGUGGCCGAGCUGCUGCUGCGGCGCGGGGCCCCGGCGGCCGCGCGCUCCAGGGCAGGCCUCACGCCGCUGCACUGGGCCGCCGCGCUGGGCCGCACGCUGCUGGCCCGGCGCCUGCUGAGCGCGCCGGGCCCGGACCCCGCGGCGGUAGACGCGCGCGGCUGGACGGCGGCGCAGUGGGCGGCUGCGGGCGGCCGGCUGCCGGUGCUCGAGCUGCUGGCGGCGAGCGGCGACACGGGCCUGGACGGCGCCCUGAACGUGGCGGCCGCGGCCGGGCGCGCGGCGGCGCUGCGCCUCCUCCUGGCGCGUGGGGCGCUGGUGGACGCCCGGGACGGCGCGGGGGCCACGGCGCUCGGCAUCGCGGCUGGCCUGGGCCACCGGCAGGACAUGGAGGUGCUGCUUGACCACGGAGCAGACCCAAGCCUCAAGGACAGGCAUGGUUGCUCUGCGCUCCACAGGGCUGCCACCAGUGGACACCUGCCUGCCGUCCAGCUGCUAGCAGCCUGGGGAGCAGAGGUGGAUGCUCGGGACUCAUUAGGCCUCACACCCCUGCACCACGCUGCUCGUGGAGGCCAUGUGGAGGUCGCCAGCCACCUCCUGGACUGGGGUGCGAAGGUCAAUGCUGCUGGUUGGCUCCACAAGACCCCUCUGCACCUUGCCAUGGAGCGUGGCCAUGGCCCUACUACAGAGCUUUUGCUGAGCCGAGGAGCCAACCCCACCCUGAGGACACAGUGGGGUGAGGUGGCCCAGGACCUGGUGUCUGAGGGGGGCCUGCCCCAGGCGCUGCCUACCCUUUGCAGAGAGCAGGUGGAGUGCUAGGGGCACAGAGGGGCCCCAGGGGCCCUGAGGGUCUCAGUGUGGGGUUGAGCCCACAUGGCCAGAGCAGGAAAGAUAGCUCCUGGCUCCCACAGCCUUCUGAGUAUGUCAGGCUCCUCUCUUCUGAGCUGAGGCUGCCUGCCUGGGCAGAGAGGAGAAUGGCUGAGAGGUUCCUGGAGGAGAAGGAGGCAGUGGCUCGAGCCCUAACGGGCCUGUGGCCCUGGUACUACCCCACUGACUCCUGCGGGCCCAUCACCCCCACAGCUCCAGGCUUCUCCACACUCUUUGGUGGAGAGACUGAGUUGUAGUGAUAGAUUUGACCAAAACCUGAUGGUCUCCCCUUUGUCCACCAUGGGGGUGUCACUCUCAGCUGCUUGCUCUGUACGUGGGAGCGUUCUGUGUUUCCUUAGAUCCAGUAUUUGUCUAUUGGCAUCCAUUAAUUACAGGGUCAAACUAACGGCCACCGUUGUUUACAUCUCCGCUGUGAUCCAGAGCCCACACUCUGAACUGCCACCUUCUCUCUCACACCUCCAGCUGACGUCCCCCCCGCCCCGGCCCCAAAUCACACAGGGCCAGGUACCAGACCCCUGGGGACAGCCUCUAUGCACCAAGGCCCACUGGGAUUAUCCAACAAGCCAAUCCUAAGCUGUUUCCUGCCCUGCCUUGCCUUUCCUGUGGGAACCCUGGGAAAGGCUCUGGCCUGAGCUUCCUCGAUCCUGCUUCCGCCUCCUGACACUGCUGCUUCCCCUGUGGCCCUGCAGGGCAUGGCAUGAAAUGUGAGUAAUAAGAAUCUUCUUUCAAUGGCAUCACUCAGCCAUCUCCAUAAAUUAAAAAUUGAAACAGAG